AUGAGUACUGCAUCGAUAAGCAAGAAACAAAGUCAACCAGCGCGGCAACGCCGUCUGCAAAAACAGCAACAGCAACAACAUCAACAUGAGCAGCAACCACAACACGGCCAGCCCCAGUCGUCUCCAUCCCAUUACAACGAAACUCCCCGAGUUGCUGGUACCAGUUAUCCCUAUCCCACUGCAAGUGUGAAUGGUGGUGCAGGCACCCAUGCAUAUUCGCAUUUGCAAGAAAGAAACCCAUCGGCAUCGUAUGUCCCAACCACAAGUAAUUCAACAGAUUCAGAAAGGUUGCAACAGGGACAACAACAAUUUAAAAGUGAGCUUCAACAUGGACCACAAGCACCAGUUUAUCAUCAGUACCCUCCACAACCAGCUUAUCUUUCACAAGAUAUAUUCCAUCCAAGUCAACAACAACAACAGCCUCAACAACAGCAGCAUCAACAACAGCAGCCUCAACAACAACAGCCUCAACAACAACAACGGACUCAGCAACCACCUUACCAAGGGAUGAUGGCACCUCCUGGUCAACCCUACCCAGUUCAAGAUCCCAACUUUCAACAUGGCCCCCAUGUAGAUCCUCAAAGACAAGGUCAACAACCACCACCGCCACAACCUCAUCAAUGGGCACCGUACCCCCCCCAACCCUAA